AUGGGGUCUCAAAGUGAUGGAGAUGGCGAUGGGGAGUCUUCGGACAAAAAAAGAAAAUACGCGCGGAUUUCGGAGAGAGAUGAGAGAAAUAACGAUAAGUAUAAAAUUUAUUUUAAAAGAAAUUAUACUAGAUUAUUUCUAGAAAAUGUCACAUACAGUGACUAUACCGUGUAUGUUACAUCAACGGACGAUGAAAAGUUGGGUAAUAAAAACCCUAUAAAACUUACCCAACUCUUUACAGAAAAUGUGAAAGGCAUAACAAGCGUAUUCAGAAUAAAUUCACAUAAAAUUGCUGUAACUUUUCAAAAAGCUGCUGCAGCAAACUGCUUUUUAAAAUACGACAGUUUUCUAACAAAAUAUAAAUAUAAAGCCUUCAUACCUGCCCACCUGGUUGAGAAGGUGGGUUUAAUCAAAUUUGUGCCAACUGAUAUGUCCAAUGAAUAUAUAUAUCAAAAUAUCACUUCAGAUGCAGACAUAAUAUCAGUUAAAAGAUUCAUGAAGAAAGAUGAGAAUAAAAAGUUAACACCAAUGACCACAAUAGCUAUAACUUUUUCCUCAACAACUUUGCCAAAAUAUGUAUUUUUAAAUCUAUUUCGAUACCAAGUUUUUACAUAUAUUCCACCAAUAAUUCAAUGCUUCAAGUGUUUUAAGUUUAAUCAUUCAGCCAAAGUGUGCCGAGGCACACAAAUGUGCUCCUCUUGUGCGGGCAGUCAUUUAUACAAAGAAUGUACAAUGGAUACCAUGUGUUGCAUCAACUGCGGAGGGGCUCACCUAGCAAUUUCAAGGGACUGUCCAAUAAAAUUAAAGAAAUUAGAAGAAAAACGUACACUUAUAUUAAACCAGAACCGUACAUUUGCAUCUAUUAUAAAGACACUAUAG